AUGAAGUUUCUUCUUUUUGCAACAGUCCUCACCUCUGCCGCCGCCGGUCAGUUUGUGCUGCCAAACGUCACAUACCCACCAGCAGGCGCACAAUCGUGCAGAUGGGCCAUGAAGCCUGGAAACCACCUGCAAGACCAGAAUUGCUACGAACUGAGGUUCAAUCGAAACGACGGCACAGAAAAUGCCUAUCAAUACAUUCAGGUCACAUACCCGAACCCAAUCGAUGGGUAUGCAUGCGAAUUGGCUACAUACGAUGGGUCGAAUUGUACGGGUUCGUCGCUGCAGGUCAUCAACAAAACAAAAUGUGCAAAUGUGUCGGCCGCCAGGUCCUACAAAGUUGUGUGUUGA